AGGUUCUGACUGACUUUGGUUUUCAUGACAAUGGAAUUUUUCCUCCCCAGGAUGGAAGUUAAGAACCUCUUCCUAAGCCUAUUGCUCUGCUACAGUGUGCUCAGAGCUGCCGAUUCUCAUAUGGUAAUUGAAGAGAAGACAGAAUGCAACCUGUCAAGGAGCAACAAAAUGGAUCUCUCGGAUCUCCCGCCCAUCUCUAUAGUAGAUUUAACUAAAAGAUCCCAGAAAGUCGAAAAGAAAGAGGCAGAGAACAAGAAAUCUUCCAAGAAAAAUGCUAAAUCGAAGACUCGUCCAAAACCAAGGCCCACACCAGCUGCUGACUGUGUGCCAAACUUCAAAACCUGCAAACCACACUUGAAUUCAUGUUGUAACUACUGUGCUUUGUGCAAAUGCCGAAUUUUUCGGACCAUCUGCCAAUGUCUAAUGUUAAACCCAAAGUGCUAAGCCAAACUGGGAA